CGGUGGUGCAUGAGCCCAAUUUUGAAAAACACUGGUCUAGUUGUUACUUGUUUGUGUUUUAACCGGUAGAGGUCAGAGAAUACAUGAAAUGGCGCCCGUUUUGACUAAUGUCGGUGAUGUGUCGGGAUGCAUUUUGUCAUUAUACUAAAGAAGUUUAAAAUCUAAAUUUAUAGAAGAUGAAGCUAGAAACUUACCGUCAAAUUGUAGAAGAAUGUCAUAAAAUUAAUGCUAACAAACUGGAUUCGUUAAAUGAAAAAUUCAGCGGAAUAUCAGAAAGGACAUUAGGAAGCAUAAUUUCUCAAGAAUAUCAGAAAAAAACAAAAAGAUUUUAUCACAUGCAUCAUUCUCCAGAUGUGACCAAUUCUUAUUAUGAACAGUAUUUGAAAGCGUCAAAAACAUGCAAACAACCUGGCUAUCUUUUAGAUAUAGCAGAAAAGGCAGAUCUUUCACCAGCACUAAUGGCUCGAAUUAUAUUGGAAAAAUAUUACACAAAAGAUGGUGAAUCAGUUAACAAGCAACAAAUAAAUCAAAUCAUGAAAGAUACUACUUUAAUUGAAGACAAAGAUUUUGCUGUUGAAAUCUAUUUGUGUAUUUUGAAUGAUGAAAUGUAUGGUUAUGUAUCAGAUGUAACAAAACAAUGUAUUGGUAUUGAUUAUGAAAAUAAGCUUAAAAAUGAACUGCAGAUACUGGGUGUGGCAUUUACAGAUGAAGAUGAGUUAAGAGAAAAGGGUUAUGAUAAGACACCAGAUAUCAAAUUAGAAGUGCCUAUAGAUGGUCAUAUUAUUAACUGGAUUGAAAGUAAAGCAUCCUUUGGAGAUGAAGAGAAUCACAAAACUUAUAUGCGGGAACAGUACUGGAGUUAUUGGAAUAGGUUUGGACCUGGCUUGGUCAUCUACUGGUUUGGUUUUAUUGAGGAGCUUGACACCAACCAAGACAAGGGAAUACUUCUAAAAGAUCAUAUGCCUAAAAAUAUAAGUUUUAUAAAUCCAUCCUUGUUGAUUAAAUUAUAGAGAAAAUGAUUGAAAGCUUUAAACUCCAUGUACAAAGUUCUAUAAUAUGUUUUAAACUUUGUGUUGUAAUUUUAAAUAAUAUUUUGUAUUUAAAAACA